CGAGCCAGAGCUAGAGCCCGAGAGGAGCGGGAGGGAGAGGGAGGAAGACGGACGCACGCCGAGGCUCGGGCGCCGGAAUUCCAUUAGAAAAAAGUGAGCCGGCCGAGGGGUAGCGGGAGAAGGUUUUUUGAAAAUUUCCUUCGUCUGGAGCGAAAGAAGCGACUCGGGUCUCGCGCCCGCCAAGCUCUCGCUGGAUUGCUCCCUGGCGCUUGCCCACGUCGGUGGAUUGCUCUCCUCUUUGCGUUUUAUUCUGACCCCCACCCUCGCCGCUGCCUUCCAACCCCCCGCUCUCCCGGCGCCUCUCGCCCACCUCCCCAGGCCCCUCCAGAGGCGCACGGGGGAUCGGAUCGCGGGGACCCGCGCUCCCGGGCCGGCGGAGGGACAGCAGAGCGCAGGACCGCUGUCGGCGGGGAGCAGCACCCACAGACACACCUGUGCGUUUCAUUCCAGUGGGCGAGGGGCGUCGAGCGGGCCCGCCGCCUUCUUCCCCACCCCCUCCGGCCAGGGGCGAGAAUCGCAGCACUCAGGAUCUCCAUCGGGCGGACUCGCUGGGAUCUCCGCAUUGGAUUUGGGGCUGAUUUUCACUGCUUGGCUAUAUUAUUGUCAUUUUUUUUUUUUUAACCCAAGGGAGAAAGACAAAAACACAAAACUGUGGGAUUUAUUUAACAUGAUCUUGGCAAACGCCUUCUGCCUCUUCUUCUUUCUAGACGAGACCCUCCGCUCUUUGGCCAGCCCUUCCUCCCUGCAGGGCCCCGAGCUGCACGGCUGGCGCCCCCCAGUGGACUGUGUCCGGGCCAAUGAGCUGUGUGCCGCUGAAUCCAACUGCAGCUCCCGCUACCGCACGCUUCGGCAGUGCCUGGCCGGCAGGGACCGCAACACCAUGCUGGCCAACAAGGAGUGCCAGGCGGCCCUGGAGGUCCUGCAGGAGAGCCCGCUGUAUGACUGCCGCUGCAAGCGGGGCAUGAAGAAGGAGCUGCAGUGCCUGCAGAUCUACUGGAGCAUCCACCUGGGGCUGACCGAGGGGGAGGAGUUUUACGAGGCCUCACCCUACGAGCAAGUGACCUCCCGCCUCUCCGACAUCUUCAGGCUCGCGUCCAUCUUCUCAGGGACCGGGGCGGACCCGGCGGUCAGUGCCAAGAGCAACCACUGCCUGGACGCGGCCAAGGCCUGCAACCUGAACGAGAACUGCAAGAAGCUGCGCUCCUCCUACAUCUCCAUCUGCAACCGCGAGAUCUCGCCCACCGAGCGCUGCAACCGCCGCAAGUGCCACAAGGCCCUGCGCCAGUUCUUCGACCGGGUGCCCAGCGAGUAUACCUACCGCAUGCUCUUCUGCUCCUGCCAGGACCAGGCGUGUGCCGAGCGCCGCCGGCAGACCAUCCUGCCCAGCUGCUCCUACGAGGACAAGGAGAAGCCCAACUGCCUGGACCUGCGCAGCGUGUGCCGGACCGACCACCUGUGCCGGUCCCGGCUGGCGGACUUCCACGCCAAUUGUCACGCCUCCUACCAGACGCUCACCAGCUGUCCAGCCGACAAUUAUCAGGCGUGUCUGGGCUCCUACGCGGGCAUGAUUGGGUUUGACAUGACGCCCAACUAUGUGGACUCCAGCCCCACUGGCAUCGUGGUGUCCCCCUGGUGCAGCUGUCGGGGGAGUGGGAACAUGGAGGAGGAGUGUGAGAAGUUCCUCAGGGACUUCACCGAGAACCCCUGCCUUCGGAAUGCCAUCCAGGCCUUUGGCAACGGCACAGAUGUGAACCUGUCCCCCAAAAAUCCCUCAUUCCCAGCCACCCAGGCUCCUCGGGUGGAGAAAACACCUUCUUUGCCAGAUGAUCUCAGUGACAGCACCAACCUGGGGACCAGCGUCAUCACCACCUGCACAUCUGUCGAGGAGCAGGGGCUGAAGGCCAAUAGCUCCAAAGAGCUGAGCAUGUGCUUCACAGAGCUCACCACCAACAUCAUCCCAGGGAGUAACAAGGUGAUCAGACCCAACUCAGGCCCCUGCCGAGCCAGCCCGUCGGCCGCCUUGACCACUGUCUCCUUCCUGAUGUUGAAGCUGGCCUUGUAGGCUCUGGGCACGGCGCCUGGAGGUUUCCGAAAGCUACGUGGACGAGAGCACCCGCCUGCUGAAUGGACACACACACACACACACACACACACACACACACCUUGCAAAAAAUUUCCCUCACCUUGUCUCUGAACCUGUCUGUUCCCAGGUUUCUUCUCUGGAGUUUUUCUAAGCCAAACAGACAGUAGGCGGGUAGCCUGAGAGCCUCCUGGGGGGGCCCCUGGCAAGGGCACCCCAGUGCUGAGGAGGGCGCAAGGGUCUAGACAUGCCCCACACCUUCUCCUGGUGUUUUCCUCUCUGGACCCUGACGAGACCCCUGCGGCUACGGGACAGUGGCCAUGCCUGGUGUGGUCUGAGGCAGGACAGUGGCCGCUGCUCUUCUCAAGUUGCCCACUCUGGGGACUUGCUGGGGCUGGCAAGGGGCGUCAGGUGGCAGAGCAGUUGGGGCUGGCCCCUGGGUCCAACUAGGCACCAGUCGCACCUCCACGUGCUUUGAGAGUGGAGUUUAUUUUGCCCUCCCUCUGGGCUGGGCAGGUCUGCUUCUGGCCUGUGGAGGGGUGUGCACGGAGGCCCCCCACUGUGGCACAGGUUGGGCAGCUCCAGGGCCUUGGGGGCUCAGCCCACCUGGGACACCCCCUCAGGAGGAGGGAGCAACACUUGGCCGCAGCUCGGGGCUGCUGCUUCCUCUUGGUGGCAGGAAUUUUGAAAUAAAAAAGAAAUGAUUCUUCGGUGGCUCUCUUUGGAGAGGGGGCUGCUGAGAGGGGCAGCGAAGACCACAGUGGACGUCCACCGCCCCACGCUCUGGUCUCCGCAGCUCUCUCCCCACUUCCACCUUAUCUUUCCUCAUUUCUGAGACAUACGCCAACUGUAUGUACACAACAUGUUGCCCUUCUCAACAUAUAUGUAUAUACACAUCCAUAUACAUAUAUUGUGUGGUCUCCCCUUUCUUUCCGUUUUUUUAAGAAACAAAACUAUUGAAAUAAUACCCCAACAGAUGAGCAAAAUGUAUUAUUGUAAAGUUUAUUUUUUUUAUAACAUUGUCUAUGAAGGAAUCGGAGGAGAUGGCCUCCCCGUGUCCCGGCCCGUUGGGCCGCUGGGCUGUGGGAGGGGCUCCUGAUCGCAUUCACGCUGGCCAGGCUCCAAUAAAUGUCCUCACUCCCGUGUGCCUUCUCCCUGCUUGGUUCCUGGCCCAGCCGCACCUUGGCUGCUUACCUGGGGCUCCUGGGUGGGGCCAUCUGUCACGUGUGCUCGGUGUGGGUGAUGAAGCUCCGUUAGGAGAUGCUUGUAUACUUGGUGGGUCUGGGGUCCCACUGUGCUGAGUCUGUCUGGCCACUCACCUGUCUGUCUCACCUCCCCUUCCCAAUGAAUGCCAGUGCCCUUUGGCAGUCGGUCCCAACCUGGAAGGGAAGGAGUGGCCGUGAGGAUGGAGGUGAGGGGACAACUUGUCACACUUAGGGUAUGUUUUUGUUUGAAGGCUGCCUGGGCGACCCUGUAGUUGGCCCUGCUUGUCCGCCCGCUGGGACUCCUGGUUUACUUAAGGGUGUGUGAUUGUGAGGCAGGGACCUGGCUUCUUGGGUCCCACCAGGGAAGGAAGACGCUGUGGCUCAGCCCUGCUCCUUGUUUUCUCUACUUACCACCCAGCCUCUACCAGACAUGGGCCUGCCAUGCUCCCGGAGAGACCAGAAGGAUGCCUGCUAGCUGACUGUGUACACGCGUGUGUGGGCUUGCAGGUGCUCACGUGUGUGCCAGUGCACAUGGCAGGAGAGAGGAGGCACGGUUGCCAGUGAGGGAUGUUCCCGCUGUCAGCAUGGCCUUCAGGGAUGCACACGAUCCCAUCCUGUCACCUUUGGGAGAUGGGUUGCUGUUUUCCAUUCUCCCAAUCCGGGGCCCUGCAAGUGGCUCUUGUUUCUGGCCACUCAUGCUCCACGUCCACGGUCGUGGUCACUGUGAUGUACAGCAUCCCAGCCCCUGCAUGGAGGGGCGCUGAGGAGCCCUCUUCCCCAUCACCACUGGCCUGACUCUGUGGGGCCACUUGGGAUCCAUGUGUUUGCAAACAGCAAAGUCUGGUUGACUUCAAGGCUUGGUGGGGGGAAUGGCUCACAGCAUCAGUGUUCCUAGGACAGUCGCCAAAGAACAUCUGCAGGGCUGGACGGCAAGAUCAUAGGGUCAGCACGCUGCCUCCUCCGUGAUGAAGGAGCACCAACCGCCAUCCAGCUGUGUGCACUGGGACCAUGUACCUACGUCCCGCCAUUCUUGGGUGCAAGGAUACGUCACAUCUGGCAUCCCUCAUGGGAAAUAAGCCCUUGGAUUGCAUGAUGGGGGAGAGGAAGUUUCCCAAGAAGAAGUGGAGGUGCCAUGAUGAAGGGAGGAGUGGAUUCUGGGCAGCUUUCCUCUGCCUUAAAACAUCUCCCAGGCACCGCGUAGCUAAACUUUUACCAUUAAAUAUUCAUUCCUUUGGUUGAGAUGACUUCUGUUCUCUGUGAUCCUCUCAAAAUGUGUUAAUAAA